GGCAAGAAGACAGCUCUGGCGCGUCACGGGGAGGGCGUGACCUCACGGCUCCAGCGGCACCACCGGGGUUCCACCCCAGCGAGGCCUGUGGGCUCGACGCCGCUGCGCCUCCAACGCCAGGGAGCUGUGGAGCGCAUCUCGGGUCCCUCGAGAGACAUCCGUCGAGAGAGGCGCCAGAGCAUCUUCGGGGCCUUCGAGCGUCUUGCCCUGUCGGGCCAGCAUUCCAUUCUCGAACGUCACUCGAUUACGGCACCCACGGAGGGCCUGUACACAGCCUGGUGGGAGGAGCUCCAGGAUUUUGUGGCCAUGAACGGCUACACCUUGGACAGCGUGAGGAAUGCCGACAUUGCGCUGGUGGACUUCGCGGACUACUUGUUUCUCGAAGGGUUCGAGCGGCCCGACCUCAUGAAGAUGUACGCCGCGGCCGCCUGGCACCUGGCCGGCCUGUCCCCCAUCGGGAAGCUGCGUUUUCCGCGGUUCUCCCGUGCCGCUCGGGGGCUGGGCCUGCUGGCCCCAGCGCAGACCGUGCCGCCCGUCCCGUUCGAGCUGGUGUGCUGGAUCGCCUGGCACAUAUACCUCCGCCUCCAGGACUGGACCAUCCCGCUCUGCCUGCUGACCAUGUUCGUCUGCUACUUCAGGCCCGUGGACGUCCACAGCCUGAGGGAGGAGGACCUGGUGCCGCCAGGAGGCUCGAGCACUCACUGGGUGCUCAACGUGCACCCGGCCCGCCGCGGGGAGACGUCAAAGGUGGGGGUGUCCGACGAGGCGCUGCUCCUCGACUCUCCGUACCUCCCAGGUCUGGGCCCCGCGCUGCAUCGGCGACUUCGAGGCCAUCGGCUGGCCAAGUUGUUCGAGGUCAGCGAGAGGGAGCUCAGCACACAGUGGGGCCGCUCGCAGGAGCAGCUCGGGUUGCUUCCCUCCCAGCGGUAUCGCCUGUGCCAGAUCCGCCACGCGGGGCCAUCCCACGACAUCCUCAUGGGGGUCCGCACGCUCCUCGACGUCAAGCGCCGAGGGAGGUGGAGCUCGGACGCGACCGUCAAGCGGUACGAGGCGGCGGGGCUGGUGCAGCAGGAGUGGGCCAAGCUGUCGACGGCGCAACAGGCCGCCGCGUCUCGCGCGGCCGUGUGGACGCCGUGGCUCCUCCAAGAGCUGUACUGCGGCACGCACGGGAUCCUCGACAGCGCGGGCCGCCAGGGCAUCGGCGGCGUCGGCUGGGACACGGAAAUCAGUUCAAAGGCCGACCUCUCGAGUGCGGCCGUCAUCAGGAGUAUCGCCCGCGACUUCCAAACGGGCAAGAACCGCUUCGAGCUGAGUGGG